UAAGACAAGAAAAUAAGGUAAUUUCGUUAAAAAAAAGGAUAAGAAUCUGAUGAAAAGUGAGUCACGCCACAUCAUCUGUCUGGCCUGGGCUUGCUUGGAAAAGAGGUACUAGGGAGGAUUAACAGACUCCAUCAACAUCUUCCUUUUAAAACACCCUCCAUCAAUUAUCUUCCAUUUCAGGCUCGGUGCUUCCUUAUCUAUUGAUUUGCGACGUCCGCUUCUCACAAAUUUUCUUAUAAAUAGGACCUUCACUCUCCCUUGAUGCAUAGCUUCAAAGUAGUUUCUGAAAGAGAGAUAAUAAGUGGUGUCUAGCUAGCUUGUCAAGGUUUAUUAUGUGUGUUCAGUGUUUCGAGGCAGCUCAGAUACUCAUCUAAUAUAUUGAAAGGGAAGCUAGAGCUAAACUUACGCAAAAGUAGGUUGUUGGUUGUGUUGCACAUCUAAAGCGAACUUCGCGACUAAUGAUUUAUCAACAACCAUCACUCGCACCGCCCACAGGCAGAGUUAUCAAAAAAAAUGAGAUUGAAAUAUUAUGAAAGAAAAAGGUCAAUUGUUUGUCCUCAUAGUGGACAAUCAUUUCAUAGGUAUUAUUUAAACUAUAGGAAGAGUGAAAGACCAGAACGCGUGAUGUUGUACAAUUAUAGUGAAUGGUUGGAUUACUCUAAAGAUGUUGUUAACUUGGUUAAGAAUGAUUUUGACAUAAAAAAGGCAGCUGUGGAAAUAAGGUUAAAUGGUUGUGAACUUAUGCUAGAUUUUUUACACAAGUGUCAGGUAGACUUAAAAACUAGUUUGCGACAGCCCAUAGCAUGGAUUAAUGAGGUAGGGGGAUGUUUUUUCCCUGAAGAUUAUGCUUCUUAUGAUGGCAAAUCAUACAAAUGUGAACAUGAGGGUAUGAAAAUAUGUAUUGAAAUCAAAGCGAACGGGGUUGUUGAAUCUAAGUUGAGGAAAUGUAAAGGGGAGUCCAAUGCGAUAGUUAAGGAUACUCCAAUAGAAUUUGAAAAUAGGAUGAUCAAGUUGGAUUGUGGAAAUGGUGGUGAACCUAUCUUGCAGAAUAAAGUAGGUUUAGCUCCUUACACUAAAUCUAUACAAGGAAAUUUGGAUUUGGAUUAUGUACAAAAAAUGUUCCUUGAUGGAAUGAGUAGUUUUGGAAAUACUGAUUUAGAGAUAGUGGAGGCAUACCGUUGCUCAGGGGCAUCAAUGCAAGCACGGUUGGAGUUGUUCCGGACUCAAGCUAAAAUUACAAAAGAAUUCCAUGGGGAUGCUAAUGUUCGAUAUGCUUGGCUUCCAUUUUUAAAAGGAGAAUUAUCUACAAUGGUGGGGUAUGGACUUGGGCAUUGCGCACUAUGUGCAAGCAAAUACGCAUAUGGCGUUGGUGUUCAACUUGCAGCUGUUACUUGCCCUUAUGCUAGUGCUCGCUAUUGUGAUAUUGAUGAAAAUGGUGUUCGACACUUAAUCCUUUGUCGCUUAAUAAUGGGGAACAUGGAAAUUCUUCGUCCUAGCAUUAACACCAACACUGGUCAAUUUCAACCUAGCAACUCUAAAUAUGAUAAUGGAGUGGAUGACAUCCAAUGCCCAAGAUACUAUAUAAUAUGGAAUGUGAAUAUAAACACUCACAUCUAUCCCGAAUUUGUUAUUAGUUUCAAGGUUUCUAGGGAUGUUGAAGGUCAUUUUUGUGGAAAUGUGGGAGAGAUUAAUGACUUUGGUACUAAUUAUUCUGGGGACAACUUGGCUAGUGACCUAUUACAGGUAGCCUCUUCGGUAGAUAAUGGAAUAGUUGCUAAUACCCCAAAAAUUCCGAAAUCCCCUUGGCUGCCUUUUUCUAUGCUUGUUGUUGCUAUCAAUGAUAAGGUUGCUCCUAGUGAUAUGAGUCUUAAUGCACAUUAUAAACUAUACAAGACAAAGCAAAUUUCCCGUGAUGGUUUCGUGAAGGAGCUGCGGUUGAUAGUUGGAGAUACUCUGCUAAGAGCUACAAUAACAAGUCUUCAAUUUCGGAUACCAUCAAAAGGUGAAUUGGAAGACUCAAACCAGAACGAAGGUUAAGACUAUAGCUAUCUAUGAGGAGCCGAAGAACUAUUGUCGACUUUUUAUUUAAUAGUUAAAAUUAAGUUUUGAUAUUGUUUGCUCUUAAAAAAACAGUUUUCCAUUACUUUUUGUCAUUUAUUUCUACCUAGAACUUAAGUAGAAUUUGUUUUACGUAUCUCAUAUGUUAGACUUUUUAUAAUAAAAUCCGUUUGUGGUUUUAAUUAUCUUAAAAAAUGAGCGCAUUUCCACUGAACUUUGCAGGAUGUAUGUUGAAAUUCGUAUAUAUAUGAAGGCCUCCAACAUGAAUUUCUAUAGUGCCACUAAGGCAUUGUUCACACUAUCUUCGAUGGAAUAAAUAUACUCGAUGUUGGUGUGAAACAUCCAAAGAAGCUAUGGACUUCAAUCAUCAAAUUAAAAAAAAUGAAACUAAAGGA